GAGAGAGAGAGAGAGAGAAGUCAUGCAGAGGAACAGCUCCUGACUUGUUAUAACUUUUUGGUUGUUAAGAGCGAGAUUGACACGAUUCAAUUAGCAAAAAUGUAUAGGUAAUCAAAUUGUACAACUGAAGAUCAACACAGGAGGAAAAGAUUGAGAGAGAACCACACUACUGCCUGGCAUGCAGCUGUAACCAGGCAUUUCAGCUAUACCACGAAGAAAGGCAUCUGCAAGGGAAGGCAAAUCCACAUUUUUGAGGACAGCGAUAAGGACCAGGAAAACAGGUUUCUGACGGUAAAUAUGUAUCAGAACGGCACUGUCAUGGUCCAGGGCAGUGAGGCUGCACUCAGCUCUGUUGUGCAGGACUUCCCCACCCUAACGAAGAUAGCGGAAAGCAACAAAGAAAAGGACAGCACCCCGACCUCUCCCCUCACCUCAGGCACCCCAACAGCAGGACCAUCCUCCCCCCUGCCUGCCUACAACCACCAGAGCCAAGACCACACCACCAUCAGCCUGUUGAGAGACAGGCUGGCUGUGAUAGAGGUAUGGGUUACUGAGCUGAAGGAGCAGCCCCUCAGCUACACCACCACCAGCCCAGACACAGAGCUUCUACAGGACCAGAUCAACCAGUGCAGGACCCAGCUGAAGAACUCUGUCCAGGAGCUGAGAGAGAGCCUUACCACAGCUCUUGAGGAGGUAAAGGCCACCAUGAGGAGAGAGCUGGUGCAGGUAAAGGAGGAGAUGGCAAAGGAGUUGUCUGGCAUCAAGAGGGUGCUGCAGCACAGAGAGCAGACUGUAGAGACUCCUAGAGAGAAGCUGCAGCUCCCCACCACCCCUAACAACCCCACCACCCCUAACACCCCCACUGACCCACCUUUACCCACAACCCCCCCCCAUACCGACAACACUUUACCCACACCCCCAGUCAACAAGAAGGCUCACAUGGAAACACCUACUACAGAGAGAAGCUCUCUGGCCCCCCCUGACACACCCCCACACGCCCCUCCAUGUACACAGGCCCUGUGUACUCCAGCCCCAGACCGUAAACGCAAUAAUCUGGUAAAACCCGCUGAGGUGGCCAUCCUCAUUGACUCAAAUGGGAAAUUCCUCCAAGAAGAUAAACUCUUUCCACAACACAAGGUGCGCAAAAUAUGUUGCCCAAAAACACAGGAUGCACUCCACAUCCUGUCCCAGCCUGACUUUGGCACACCAGGCCACAUUAUUAUUCACACCGACACCAACAACCUGCGAGAGGAGCAGGAGAGAGUAGGCAGCCUGGUCAACAGAAUAGCAGAGAUGGCCUCUGAGCGGUUCCCCAACUCCCACAUCACCAUCUCCACUCUGCUGCCCCGCAAAGACUUUCAUCCCCAUACCAUUCAGAAAGUCAACGCUGACAUCACCAGAGGGUGUGGCCUACUCCCAAACGUACACGUUGCUCACCACCCAACAAUCACCCCAGAGCAUCUGCACGACCACUCCCAUCUGAGGAAACAGACAUUAGGGAUGUUUACCAAGUCUCUAAAGGACGUGGCACUUGGUAGACAAACACCUCAUGCCGUAUUGGACAGAGGACCACCCAGAGACCCCUACCAGACCACUGCACCAACAAGGAGCCCCAGGCCCCUUCAACGCCACACCAGACCCAGCGCACCCCACAGGCCCCACCCACCACCAGACCAUCACCACUUCCAUCGGCUUAGCCAGACCGGACCGGGCCCAGCCUACUACCCCGCAUCAGACCACCACCCCUACCAGACCAGAGAGGAAGCCCCACGGCCCAGACCUGGUCCCCCUCCACUCCACAGGGCCCAACAGCAGGACCAGCGCAACUACGCAGAGGUCGUCAGAGGACAGGAGAACCUUGUAGGAUUAAGUGAGAUUAAACAGCUCCUCCAAUACAUCUGCACUAAACUGCACUAAACACACACACACACACACACACACACACCUAUUGUACUCAAAUGUACUUGUUCAAUGAAUAGGAAUGUUUAUAUAUAUAACAGAAAGAAUGUUAGCUGUUAUCCUGUUUAUCUCGCUCUUAACAACUUAAUAGUUAGUAGUCACAGUAUUUCUGACUGCUAUUCUUUCUUUUGUAACAUGAAAUCGCUAUCAGUUAGCAUGUGGAACAUUCAGGGCCUAAACUCAUCAACCUUUGGACUGAAGAGUUUAGCACUGGAGUUCAACAAAAACCUUAAAGAUGUUGAUGUCAUCAUUCUGCAGGAGACAUGGUGUAAGGCUGACAUUGUCACUCACUGUCCCACAGGUUACAGAGAAGUAAUUGUACCGUCACAGAAACACAGCUCUGUCAAUAGAGGCAGAGACUCUGGAGGACUGAUCAUUUGGUACAAAUCCGAACUACAACAUCUAAUUGACCCCCUCAAAAUUGGCAAAUAUCACAUUUGGUUAAAACUGAAAAAAGAACUUGUACUGACAGAAAAAGAUGUGUUCCUUUGCGCAAUUUAUAUCCCCCCCUCAGAAUCCCCAUAUUACUCAGAGGAGAUCUUCCCCACCCUUGAUGAAGAGACGUGCCAUUUCCAGGCCCAGGGAAAUGUGCUCAUCUGUGGGGACACAAAUGCGCGCACAGGAACACUACCUGAUCUAACGAGCACACGAGGGGACAGCUUUAUUACAGGCCAUACUGUUUCUAACUGCCUUAAUGGGUAUCUCCCGGGUGGCGCAGUGGUCUAGGGCACUGCAUCGCAGUGCUAGCUGCGCCACCAGAGUCUCUGGGUUCACGCCCAGGCUCUGUCGCAGCCGGCCGCAACCGGGAGGUCCGUAGGGGCGACGCACAAUUGGCAUAGCGUUGUCUGGGUUAGGGAGGGAUUGGCCGGUAGGGAUAUCCUUGUCUCAGUAUGUAAAAAAUGUAAUAAAAUGUAUGCACUCUACUGUAAGUCGCUCUGGAUAAGAGCGUCUGCUAAAUGACUAAAUUGUAAAAUUGUAAUUGUAAAUUGUUAAUCUCCCCCAUAGAAACAACAGUGACAGCACCGUCAACAAAAACGGAAGGGAUCUUUUGCAGCUCUGUAGAAGCCUGGGUCUGUACUUUGUCAAUGGUAGGUUACGGGGGGACUCUUUGGGGAGAUUCACCUACUGCUCACCUCUUGGCCACAGUACAGUAGACUAUAUGAUCACAGACAUUGACCCUUUCUCUCUCAGCUCAUUCACUGUCAAGCCACUAACACCUCUGUCUGAUCACAGCCAAAUUACAUUGUUCCUCAAAAGAACAGACAUGGAAACAACCACACAUUCACAGCCCAGUAAGCUGUACAACAUCAGAAAUUCAUACAGAUGGGCCCAAAACAGCACAGAAGAAUACCAGAAAGCAACCUGGAACCAAAAUAUCGAAACACUCUUAGAUAACUUUCUGGAUACCACAUUCACUCACAGUAAAGAAGGCAUCAAUCUAGCAGUACAAAACAUCAACUAUAUAUUCAGGCAAACGGCAAAAGAAGCACAAUUGAAAUUGAUAAAAAACAAAACAAAAAAGAUCACAGAUGACAACUGGUUUGAUGCAGAUUGUAAAAUUAUAAGAAAAAAAAUUAGAACACUAUCCAACCAAAAGCACAGAGACCCAAAUAAUGGUGAAUUACGCCUUCAUUACUGUGAGACUUUAAAACUCUAUAAACAUACACUCAGAACCAAAAAAGCCCAGUACAACAGAAAGCAGCUGAUGCUAAUUGAGGAGUCCAUAAACACAAACAACUUCUGGCAAAAUUGGAAAAAAUUAAAGAAAUCUAAACAAGAGGAAUUAGCGAUACAAAAUGGUGACAUAUGGACAACCCAUUUUAAAACACUCUACAACACCGUUCAAAUUGACACAAACACAGAACAACGCCAAAUUCAUGAGAAGUUGAAUGGAUUAGAAAAAGCUAUAAAGGACAACCAAAAUCCACUGGACUCCCCAAUUACUGACCAGGAGCUCUAUAAGAAACUUCAGGCUCUCAAAUUUAAAAAGGCAUGCGGACCUGAUGGCAUCCUAAAUGAGAUGCUCAAACUCACUAGUGCAAAAUUUCAAUUGGCCAUAUUAAAACUGUUUAAUUUGAUCCUGAGUGUAGGUUAUUUCCCUGACAUCUGGAAUCAAGGACUCAUAACCCCAAUCUUUAAAAACGGAGACAAAUUUGACCCUAACAAUUACAGAGGCAUUUGUGUGAACAGUAACCUGGGGAAGGGGUUCUGUAGUAUUAUAAAUGUAAGAGUUCUAAACUUCCUUAAUAAGCACAAUGUCUUGAGUAAAAGCCAAAUUGGAUUUAUACCAAAACAUCGCACGACCGAUCAUAUUUACACCCUACACACCCUGAUAGGUAAACAUGUCCACCAAAAUAAUACCAAAAUAUACGCUUGCUUUAUCGACUUCCAAAAAGCAUUUGAUUCUAUUUGGCACACAGGACUGUUCUACAAAGUUAUUGAAAGUGGUGUAGGGGGUAAAACAUAUGACAUAAUUAAAUCAAUGUAUACUGGCAAUACGUGCAGCAUUAAAAUUGGCAAGAAAA